AUGAAAUCGUCAAGAUAUCUUGUCUGUAUUCUUAUGAAUCUCGAUACUUCGUCUUUUCGACGGUCUUCAGACGAAGAAGAUAAUCAAGACGCCGUAAAAGAUGAGGAUUCUGACUUUGAAUCGUCACCCACUACUAUGAAUCCUAAAAAUGCAGAACCUGAGGAUUUGACAGGAAAUGAAUCCAGUGACUCUUUUCAGGAGAAUAAGGAAACGAAUCCUAGCUACUCCUUGGAUGGAUCUCAAAAUUUUGGAAUGGACGAGUUCAAUACAAUGGAAGAAGCAAACCAUAAGGAAAGUGUUAUUCAAGAAAACGAGUCACCGAGCUCUUCAUAUGAAGCAGAACAGCAUGGAUUGGAGGAAAGUAAAGAUUUUGAUGAUUUUGAUGAUUUUGGCGAAUUUGGCGAAGUGGAGAUGGAGGCUCCUGUUGCAACAUUCGAAGGUGAUAACUGGAUGGAAAGCUUUGAAGCUUCUGUUCACGCUGUCUUUGGUCCUCCAAAAGAACCUAAACCUCUUCCCGAGUCCCCUCUUGAUCACGAAAGGAUCUUAUCACUAUGGGAUAAACUCAUUGAAAUGCCUGUUCUCCAACGCCCCGACUGGUUACGGUCUCACAUUCGACAUAUAUUCUUAGUCACAAUGGGAUUGCCGGUUGAUUUGGACGAGUUGUUACCGACGCAAUCCAAUAGUUCUGCUUCUUCCUCUUUCAAAAAUAUCCUUAAAAUUUCGACAACUUCUCCGCAGUUGGAAAACGAGCCUCCAUUAAAUUAUGCCGUUGCUCGACGUUUAUGCUCUACUACACAUGAAGCACUUGCAUCUCGAUCUCCUGAAGCACUAACCGAGCAUAUUGAAAUACUGGAACAAUAUGUCAUGGAGGCCACUUCUCUAGCACAGUAUUGGACUGAUAAACGGGAUUCCUCCUUGAAUGACAAGCUGCUUUAUGAAACAGUAGUUGACGACCUUGUUCAGCAUAGUAAACGCUUGCGCAAAUCCGCUCGAUAA